AUGAUGAGGAUCGAAUUCCUUCUUUCAUUACUAGUGGCUUCUUGUGCGGCAAUCGAUGAUCCCGAAUGCCCAUGUAUCUUCAACAACCUCUGGCUCGACAUGGUGUUUCUAAUCGACGACUCCACUUUAAUGCAACAAACGGGACUCUUUGAGAUAGGAUCUAGUAUAAAUUCUCUUUUUGGAUACAGCAAUAUUCGAAUUGGAACAGGCUAUGCGGAUCCAAGAAGCACCAGAGUUGGAGUGAUUACCUACAACGAGGACACAACUAUUGUUGCCGAUUUGGAUGCUUUUCAUAGCAAAGACGAAUUGGUCGAUACGGUAAUGCAUUUGAAAUUGAGCGAUUCUGACAAAUCUGACCUGACAAAAGCACUUAAAGAGGCUUCCAGUUUGUUGUUGACCACAAAACGCGAAAAUUUCCAGCCAGUCAUUGUCGUAUUUGCUUCAGCAUACCGUCAAUAUAAUGGUGAAGAUUUGAAGGCAACAGCCGAUAAAAUCAAACAACAAGGAAUCAAAUUGAUAGUUGUUUCGUAUGUCGAGAGAAAUGCCGAUCUUUCGAUCGAAAAGCUCGCCGAUCUUGCGAGUCCCGGCGGCUUCGCUUUCGAUAACUUCAAUCCCAACAUCGAUAUUCCGGAUGUCAUUCGAAUUUCAUUGUGCAGAAUGAACUGCUUUUGUACGGAAAGCUGGACACAAUACUCGGAAACAUUUGGCGAUUCAGCGUCUCAUCAAUUCGCAACAUGCGUGAAAGUAUUGGAUGUGCCACUUGCAUGGGCUCCAGCGUCGAUCGAAUGCCAAAACGUUGCCUACCGCGGAUAUCUGACGAAUGAAUACAAUCAGAAGAAGCAUGACUUUAAUUACAAUUUGUUCAAAAAUUAUACCGCCAAAGGACCAUAUAGUUAUCACAUUGGCUUGUCGUUUUCAAAUGGCGAAUAUGUUUGGGCACAACCGCAAGGAUUUUCAAAAAUAAAACUCGAUAAUCAACUUUAUCCAUUAUCAAAUAAUCCGGGAGAUCAGGGCUCAGUUUACAAUAAACAAGACGAUGGAACGGAUUCGACCUCACUCAUGGAUAAUUUUGGAACUGAGCAGAUCUCAUGGACCGGGAACGCCGUCAACAACAAACCGGAGAAUAACAUCGCGCCGAACAAGAAGAAGACACCAUCGCAAAGGACGACCGACUACAUAAUGCACUCGUAA